AUGAUCAGCCCUGGGGAUCACCUUUCCUCCACCCAGGCAGGGAAAGCCUUCUGGGUUGAGAGGCAGGAGAAUUCAGUGUCCACGUUCCUGUUCCAGCUGACACUGUGCAGGCUCCGCACACACCAGUGGUGCUUCAUCCUCUUCAACGUCCUGCUGUUCCACCUGCUGCUCUUCGGGGCAGAUUUACUGGAGCAGUACUUCCUGCAGUCCCUGCCCCUCUCCUACACUGAUGCAAAGGCUCUGGAGAUCAGGGACAGGGCCAGGAAGCUGGAUCUGGACCCUCUGAAGGCCAACCUCUCUCACAGCAGCAGCAGUGCAGUGACUUGCUCCAACCAAGAGAUUUUUCUGCUCAUUGUUGUCUGCAGCAGCCCAGAGAACAGGACAAGGCGCAACGCCAUCAGGCAGACCUGGGGCAACGCCACGGGCUCCAGGGGUUACAGCGUGCUGACUCUGUUUGCUGUAGGAAAGGCAGCUUCAGCAAGCACCCAGCUGGAGAUCAGCGAGGAGGCUCAAAGGCACCGAGACAUUAUUGAAGGCAGUUUCAUCGAUUCCCCCCAGACGCAGACACAGAAGAUGCUGAUGAGCGUGGAGUGGACGGUGACUUUCUGUCCCCGUGCCAGGUACAUCCUUCACGCAGCCCAGGAUGUGUUUGUGGGUGUUCCCAGCCUGGCUGGGUACCUGCUGAGCUUACCCCAGCAGGAGGACAUCUACCUCGGCAGGGUGGUUCACCACGGAGUGCCCGACAGGGACCCCCAGAGCCCUGGCUUUGUGCCCAUCCACCAGUACCCCGAGCAGUUCUACCCUGAUUUCUGCCAUGGCAGUGCCAUCCUCAUGUCCCAGGACGUGGCUCGCAAGGUUUACGUGGCUGCCAGGGAGGUGCCACUGGCACUGCCCCCCGCUGCCUUUGUAGGAAUCUGUGCUAAAAGAGCUGGCAUCACUGCCAGGCACAGCUCCCGCUUCGCUGGGGACAAGCACAUCAGCUACAACCCAUGCUGCUAUAAAUUCAUUUUCACCUCUUCCCACAUGAGAGAGGACGAGCUAUUUAAAGACUGGAAGGAAACGAGCGAUGGGGAGGAUUGUUCCUUGCUGGAAACCUACUACAGCCUGGUGUCCUGCAAGGUUCUGACCUACAUUGAUAAGUUCAAACGGUUCCACUUGGACAGGAUAAAAAAUGAGCUCCUUCGUUUUGUCAAUUAAUGAUUAACUUCUGCAAGAAGAGGCUGGGUUUUCUUUCAUCAGCUGUGUUGUCCUGUUAACAUUCUGUACAAAGGAUGCCCUCCCAAAGUUUGCUCUUUUCCCUUCAGCAGCAAAUGAACUGUCACUGUUACAGUGUGACAGAGCAGAACUGGAUGUCCUCUGCCUCUCUAAGUACCUACAAGUGCAUGCAUGGAAAUAAAAAAGAGUAUUCCAACAGACUUGUCUAUAUCCAUGGUUUUUCAGACUUCUAAGUCUUCAAAACUCCUUUUUUAUGUGAGUGAGGCAUCACCUACUUCCAAAGAAUUCUGGCACAAAGGGGAAGCUCUCCAUGCACAAAGGAGCUGCUGUGAGCAGGCUGGUUCACAGAGGAACAGAGCAGCUCCAGCAGGAACAGACACUGAGAAUUUCCAUCAUGGAAAUUCCUCAAGUAACGCUGUUUGUUAACAUCCAUCAAAUGACAAGGUUUGGUUUGGCAUUUUUUGUUUUUUAAACCAAAUGUUCAGCAUGUCACCUCAAUUCCCCAGCAUUCCAUUUCGUGUUUUUCCUCAAUCAUCUCCACCUGUUACUUCAAGGGGGAUGACAAAAACAACACACUUCAAAACUGUCAUUUCUAUCAGAUACAGCAGCAGCAUGUAAUCCAUAUGGCAAUGUACAGCAUGGGCAGGGAACUGCAUCUGAGUAAUAAGGGGAAAGUGAUCAAUUAAUCAAUCAACACCGAGCUCAAAGCUCAACAAAAUAAAGCAUAUGUGUAUACAAA